AUGGAUAAUCAAACCACAUUGCCUUACUUUUUGCUCCUGGAAUUCUCAAAAAAUAGAUAUCUGCAACUUUUACUUUUCUUCCUGUUCUUUGUGUUAUAUCUGGCAACUAUAACAGCAAAUCUUCUUAUCAUCUCUGCAGUAGCUUUAGAUAAUCGACUGCAUAGCCCCAUGUACUUCUUUCUGAUAAAUUUGGCUGUGCAGGACAUGGGCUCGGUUUCUGUCAUUCUCCCAAAAUCCAUGCUGAAUUCCCUCAUGGACACCAGGCAUAUCUCUUACUUUGGUUGCGCUGCUCAAGUCUUUCUCUUUAUUUCCUUUGCAGCUUCUGAUUUAUCCCUCCUGACAGUCAUGGCAUAUGAUCGGUAUGUUGCCAUUUGCAACCCACUGCACUAUGAGACGGUGAUGAAUUGGAAAGCCUGCAUUGAAAUAAUGUUUCUGGUUUGGGUCACCAGUCUUCUAUAUGGAAUAGUGCAUACCACUGGCACUUUUUCAAUUCUUUUUUGUUCUAAUGUGGUCAACCAGUUCUUCUGUGAAAUUCCACAGUUGCUCAAGUUAUCCUGUUCUGGUUUCAAUCUGGUUGAAGCUGGAGUUCUUGUGGCCAGUGCCAUUGCAGGACUAGGGUGUUUUACUUUUAUUAUUGCCUCUUACGCCAUGAUCUUCAAGGCAGUGCUCAGAAUCCCUUCUGAACAUGGAAGGCAAAAAGCCUUAUCCACUUGCAUUCCCCACAUUAUAGUAGUGGCUAUGUUUUUAUUAACCGGAUGCUUUGCCUAUCUGAGACCUCCCUCUAACACCCCAUCUUACUUAGCUUUUGGGUUGACUGUUCUGUAUUCCCUUCUUCCCCCCCUGUUCAAUCCAAUCAUUUAUAGCAUGAGAAAUAAGAAUAUCAGACUUGUCCUCUCUAAACUCUGGAGGUUCUGA